AUGGAAGCUGGUCAUGGAAUAAGCGGUGGUGAAAGAGGCCACAUCAAUGAUAUCACGGAUUUAGUCUCUGAUGCCAGGUUGCACGUUGCUUUCAUACGUCAGGCGUUUCCAAAUUACCCCAUGUUCAUUUUGGGCCACUCAGUGGGUGGUCUCAUUGCGAUGUUGGUAUCGUAUGUUAUGGAGAUUCAAGGAUUGAUUUUAAUUUCACCAUAUUUGGUGUCAACUGAAGAAAGUGUCCCCAGGGACUUCUUGCCUAUUUUGAGGGAAUUGGACUUAAGAAAUCCACGCAGGCAUAUCGAGAGAGCAGAUUUUCCUCUAAUGGCAGCUGACGAGAGUGUAGUGAGGGUGUUGAGAAUGGAUCAUUUAUGUUAUAGCGGCGACUGGACCGCCAGGACCAUUUGUUCCUUGUUAGAUCUUAGCGAAAGUGCCCUGGACUAUCUUUGGAGAAUAACAGCCCCUUUUAUCAUAAUGCACGGCAUUAAAGACAAGGUUUGUGACAUGGAAGGACCGGUGAGAGUCACGGAAGAAUCAAGUUCUUCCGACAGUCAAAUGAAGAUUUACUUACUUGGUCAACAUAAUCUUUUGGCACAACCCGGCGAGGUGAGCAACUCUGUGAUGGAGUCGAUAUCACAGUGGCUGGAAGAAAGGGCCCAUUGA